AUGGAAGAUUUUGCUAGGAGCUUGUGUGGUUGGAGUUGGGAGGAGAACAAAUUGUUUGAGCUAGCUUUGGCAGUGGUGGAUGAGCAACACCCUGAACGGUGGGAAGUGGUUGCAGCCAUGGUUGGAGGAGAAAAAAGUGCAGGAGAUGUUGAGGAACAUUAUGUGAUCCUUCUGGAGGAUAUACUGGUUAUAGAAUCUGGAAAACUGGAUCAUAAACUUGGAGAAGUUAUGCCUGAUGUCCUUGUUCAGUGUAAGGAAUCCCUAUGCUUGUCCCACAGUGAUACAAGCAUGUGUGAAUUGGGUUCAUGGUUGGUAUUUCAAUACAGCCGUGGUGUCUGA